CUCGUCGUAUGGUGCUCGAUGAGGGUGGCCCCACAUACUUCCUUUAAAGUCAGCAGGAAGAACUCGUAUGUCUGAAGCUUUACAUUCCUCUUCGACAUUCGGGAAAAGUACCUUGAGAGCCAUGAAGAAAAAUGCUUGAACAGCUUGAAGGGAAUAAUACUGCAUGACACGGGUCCUCUGAUGCUUCUGAGUCCAUGCUUGAGUUUUGUAGCCUUCUUCAGUUGCCAACCAUGCCUCAGGCUCCACAAUCACUACGCGCUGGAAGUGGUUGUGACAAACACGUGCGGUCAACAGCCCCGCAAUGCUGCCACCACAUAUAACAGCCGCUCCUUUAAUCUUCUCAUCUUCUAAACGGGUUUGCUCUGAGAGCAGUUUAUUCCACAAAUG